AUGGAUAAACCAAGUCUUGAAGAACUUAUUACGGUGGAGAGAGAGUAUCUCCGCAAAUCAAUGGAGAAACUUGGAGGUGGUGCCUCAGGAAUACUGUUCUGCGUUACUCAGUUGAAAGGUAUACUAAAGCAUAACGAGAUGACUGAAGCCAAUAUCAAAAGUAGGACUCAUGUGCUAGAGUCAAAGGAGAAGGAGCUCCAAACUCUGAGCUCAGAGCUUGCUAAAAAGGUUGAAACUUUUGAAAAGGAAAAGUCCAAAGCUAAUAACUUGAAGAAGCUGGUGGAAGAGUGUGCAGAAGAGCUAAAGUUAAAGAGAAAUGAGCUGACGGCAAAGCUGGACACUUCGUCAAGGAUCCAAAGAGAGAUCGAUGUGAAGAAGAAUCAGUGGCGGCAUCAUGCGGCUGAGAUUCGGAGGCUUUGCAGUGAGACAAAUAAAAAGAAGGACGAGUUGGCGCUGACUCUUGAGCAGGUUAAAGAGUCUGAGAAGCAGUUUAAGAUGAAGUCGUUGGAGUUGGUUUCUAAAGAGAAGGAUUUGGGACGUGUGAGAGAGUCUAUUGAGGUUUCUAAUUCUGAGCUUGAGGGGAGAAAGAAGAUGGUAGAGUCAUUGAACAAUGAGAUUGACUCCAAGUCCAAAGAGUUAAGGGAGAUCAAAAGACUGAUUGAGCAACUAACCAGUGAGCUUGUUGUCAUGCAAAAUCAGCAUGAUUCUAUCAGAAGCUCGGAGAUUAAAGAUAAAGAAAAGGAGCUACAUCUGCUUAAGAAUCAGUUAGAGUUAGAGGAGAAGAAACUUCUUCAGGUCAAGAGAGAAAUGGAAGAGGUGACAGAUGCAAAGAAGAAAGAUUUGGAGCUGACUCUUUUCAAGAUUGAAGAGUCUGGCAAGAAGCUUGCGGUUGUUAAUGAACAACUUGAGUCUCAACGAAGACAACUCGAGAUGCAGUCAACUGAGCAAGUUUCUAAACAGAUAGAGUUGGAGAUUCUUAGAGAAUCAAGCACGGGCUUCAUCUGCGACCUUGAGGGGAAAGAGAAGAGGUUACAAGCACUACACAACCUGAUAAAGAUCUCUGGUGAACAGCUUGAGUUGAAAUCCAAAGAGUUGAGGGAGAUUGAAAGAGAGCUUAAGUUCAAGAGACACUUGAGACAAAUGAACACUGUGCUUGUUAAGCUUGAGAAGGAGCCACAAGAAGAAACUGAACUGAUAGAUACUUUCACGCUUGAUGGAAUCUCAGCUUCUCUUAUGCGCCAUGAAAUCUCCAGCGUUCUUAGAGCUGCACCUAAUCCAGCAGAGUUUGUUCUGGAACGAGUGCAGGAUGAAAUUAGACAAGGAUCAACUUUUCAGGACAAGUUCUUGGAGAAUUUGGUUCUUAUCUUUGAGGAGCUAGCCAAAAUUCAAGGACCAGACAAGUCUACUCAGCUUCAGCUCCAGGCCACAGAAGUGGCAACUCUAUGGAAAGAGAAGAUAACUAUCGAAGCACCAAAAUCAGCUCUGGAGUCCUUGGCCUUUCUUCUGUUCAUCAUGGCAUUUAAAUUAAAGACACUGAUCAACAAAGAAGAAACUGCUUUACUUGCUUGGUCUAUUGCUCAAUACGAACAGGCUCCUAUACUCUUUGAGUAUCUGAGUAUCAACCUUACGAUCCGAGAGGUUGUUGAAGAGCUCAUCAAGAAAAGCCAAUAUAUUCCUGCAGUUAGGCUUAUAUGUUUGUUUAAACUUGAUAAAGAGGUAUCAUCAUUCUCCCCUUCAGAGCUCUUAAAGAAAGAGAUUAUCAACUUGAGACAUUCUGCCUUGGAAAAUAGAUCCAACGAAUCCUCACAGGUGAAAGAGAAAGAUGGUGAAAGACUAAGAGCUAUACUUGAACUGGUGGCAGAUUACAAGCUUGAAAUAGAUCUUCCAGGGGACCUCAUCGCCAAGGUCAUGUUUCAAGGAGAAAGGUCAGCCCCUGUAGCUCAUUGGUAUGUGGAGCAUGUCACCUCCUCAUCAAUUCCACAAGCUGGGUUGAAGAAUAAAACUGUAGUUUCAGGUACAACUUUGCCAGCUGAUGUUAACUCCAUCAAUGAAACAUCAAACUCCGAGCGUUCUCCAACCAUCCACACAUAUAUCAGUAGAGGGAACUGAAGAAAAGGUUAGACUCAUCAGGAGGAGGGAUUGCUAGCUAAUUAAAUGUUAAAAUAACCGUAGUUAUAUGACUCUGUAUGAUGUUAGAACAAAACUUAUUUUGCAUCUUGCAAGUCCUAAUGAUAUGAUCUGUAAGACUAACUAGUAGGAAACUAAACAGAGAGUGUGACUCUUUUCGGAUUGGUAGGUCUUUUGGUGUCUCUGGU